AUGGAUCCCAUCGAGGUGACAUCGGAACGCGACUCUCUUUCUGACGAAGUUCCUGCAGACGACUCGCCGCCAACGCCACUCCGGUAUUUCAAAAAACACCAGAGUGGUAACAUCCUCGGCAGUGCUGUAAGGCAACUUAUCUUGAACUGCUACAUUAAGCUGCGGCACCGAAAGUCAUAUCCAAGCGUGGCUGAAGCUUGCGACACCGUCGCUGACCUGCUUGGCGUCAGUCCAUCUACAGUGUACAGCGUCAGGAACGAUGCCAAAGUGACUGACGGCGUGCUGACCACACCAUCACGGAAGCGGCCAGCACGUGUUGGCAAGGACCGUCGGACCACGUUGUACGAUGACUUUACGAAGUGUGCCCUGAGGACAUGCGUGCACAGUUUCUUUCGGCGCAACGAGGUACCCACAGCCACAAAAAUCGCCGCACAGUUUCGUGCCAGCGACGACCUGCCUGACCUAACACCAUGGACGGUGCGGCGCCUGCUGCAAGACAUUGGCUUCAGGCACGAAAAAAGAAGCAGGAACUCGCUGCUAAUUGAACGGGAUGACAUUGUCGCUUGGCAGCAAAGUUAUCUCCGUGACAUCGCAACGUACCGAGACGAGGGCCGUCCCAUAUACUAUUUGGACGAAACAUGGGUGAGUGCCGGGCACACCGUAUCGAAAGUGUGGACUGACGGUACUGUGACAUCGUCACACGACGCCUUCAUGCGGGGCCUUACGACUGGACUGAAGCAGCCAUCAGGAAGAGGUCAACGGUUGAUAAUCAGCCACAUCGGCAGCAAGGACGGCUUCAUUGAUGGCUGUUUGGACAUAUUCCGUGGAAGGAAGACUGGAGAUUAUCAUGAGGAGAUGGACGGAAACCGUUUUGAAAAUUGGUUCCAGCGUGUUAUUAAGAAACUUCCUGAGGGAAGUGUUAUCGUCAUGGAUAAUGCUCCCUACCAUUCCCGCAGGGUCGAAGCUGUGCCAACAACGGCCUCUCGCAAGGAUGCAAUUGUGCAGUGGCUCACCGAAAAAGGUGUACCUUACGAUGCCGGUAUGAGGAAGAAGGAGCUGCUAGACAUUGUCUCUUCGCUCAAGCCACGCUUUCAGAAGUAUCGCAUUGAUACAGCUGCAGAGAAUGCUGGCUGUGUUGUGCUAAGGCUUCCUCCUUACCACUGCGAAUUAAACCCCAUUGAAUUGAUCUGGGCGCAGGUAAAGAAUGGUGUCGCAGCAAGGAACAGAACAUUCAAACUCUCCGAUGUGGAGGACCUGUUGAGGGAGGAAGUGGAAAAAGUCACUGCUGUAAACUGGGCCAAUGCUGAAAGACACGUCCGUGAGACUGAAGCAUUGUUCUUUCGAAACAGCGGCAGUAGCGACCACAUUAAGCCGAUAAUUAUUAUGCUAGACGGGGACGACGCGAGCGACGAUUCGUCACGGAGUGAGCAAAGUGGCGAUGAGGAUCCACUUCCUCGGAAACACAUGAUUGCCGCUUGA